AUGGCAAACAAUUUAGUGAACAGUGCAGAUUUAUCAAAAAAGAUGAUCAAGACAACGACUCCUAUAACAAUGGAAUUUGUUUAUUUCCUAUCAGCAAAAGCAACUAUCAUUUAUGGAGAUAACAGACCAAAUAAACUUCGAUCAUUGCCAACUUUGACAAACUUUAUUCUCGAUAUAAUAUCUACUUCUAAUGUUGAAUCGCCUACGCUAUCGAUAGCAACCGUCUAUUUAGAAAGAAUAAGAAGCACUUUAGCUCAAGAUAAAAAUGCAUUUAACCAGUUGAAGAACUUUUGUAACCACCAGCUAUUCUUAGCUUGUUUAAUGUUAAGUUCUAAAUUUAGUAGUGAUUUACAUGUAAAAACUUCAGACUGGAGUCGAUUCGCUAAUGGAUUAUUCACACUAAAGGAAAUUAAUACUGCAGAAAUAACAAUAUUGGAUCUUUUCCAUUAUCAUUUAAUGUUCACAGAACAAAAUUUAGCGAAGGCAAUAGAAUCUUAUAGACCAAAUCCAUUCUCUGUCGCAUUAAUCACUAAUAAAAAUAACAGUAUGCAUGUACAAAAGGAUUAUGUUGCUAUUGACAUCGACGCACUAAUUUCAUCAAACGAUUAUAACGUACCUGCGAAUAGCCGAACAAAUUCAAACCAACAUAGUUAUGUUCCUAGAAAAGAUUCAAGAACUUACUCGAACAAUUCUUUCUUAUCAACAGGUUCUCAUAGUACUUUUUCAACCAUAGAUGAUCCACAAGAGGAAUUUAUACCGAUUUGCACACAAUCUUUCAAUAAUAAUCAAGAAAAAAUUCCCAUAGUGUUACAAAAACAACAACAAAUGUUAUUAUCUUAUAAAAAUAGUCCUUCUUUCAUUACCGAAGCAUCUACAUUCAAUAAUAAUAACAAUAACAAUAAUUACAGUAACAGUAAUGAUAAUUCAAGAUCAUUAACAAAAUACUUCAGCUCAUUAUUUUAUUAA